AUGGGAGACCGGGGAGGUUUCCGUGGCGGAUUCGGUAGCGGUGCAGGACGAGUUGGUCGUGGAGGAAUCGGAGGUGAACGUGGUCGAGGUGGCCGUGGAGGCCGUGGCGGUCGAGGUGGGAGAGGAGGACGAGGCGAACAGGAACCAAUUAUCGCUAGUGCGUUAGUUGGGCCAUUUCGUUUUCGUUCCCAACUAAACAGUCCUUAUGCCAGAGCCGGACGUGGAGGUGAGAAGGAGUCCGAAUGGGUACCGGUAACGAAACUUGGACGUCUUGUCAAAGAUGGAAAGAUCACAACCCUUGAGGAGAUAUACCUUAAUUCUCUUCCGAUCAAGGAGUACGAAAUUAUUGACACGUUGUGCUCUAAGCUUACUGAUGACGUGCUCAAGAUCACUCCUGUGCAAAAGCAAACAACCGCUGGUCAGCGUACUCGAUUUAAGGCAUUUGUUGCCAUCGGAGAUCACAACGGUCAUGUUGGACUCGGAGUGAAAUGUUCGAAAGAAGUAGCAACGGCUAUUCGUGGUGCCAUCAUUGCCGCUAAGCUAGCCGUUAUCCCAGUUCGACGUGGUUACUGGGGUAACAAAAUCGGUCUUCCUCACACUGUUCCCUGUAAAGUCACUGGAAAAUGCGCCUCCGUCACGGUGAGGCUUGUACCGGCCCCACGUGGUACCGGAAUUGUCUCCGCUCCUGUCCCGAAGAAACUUUUGCAAAUGGCGGGGAUUCAAGACUGUUAUACAUCCGCCACGGGAUCUACGGCUACCCUUGGAAACUUUGCGAAAGCCACCUAUGCUGCACUCCAGCGCACUUAUUCGUAUCUCACACCUGAUUUAUGGAAAGAGGAGCCUCUGGACAAGACCCCAUACCAGAGAUAUCAUGAUUUUCUCAGUCGCGCUAUGUAA